GGCAUCUCAGAAUGGCUUACAAGAAAAAGUGAUCUGUGCAAGCACAACAGUGUUCAAUUUUAGUAAAAGAGAGUGGCUUGACUUGCAAAAAAUGUUAAUUUAGUAUGAACACUAAAGAGAAUCCACAGGUUGUAUGUUGCUGCAAUUUAGGGUCCUACUUUAAGCAUACCCAGUGGUAUUCUUCCCUCUCCCCCCUUUGAACAGCAGAUACUUAUGUUAUUUUAAACUCACUUUAAAGAAUAGUUUACCAUGUAGUAUAUGAGAGGGGUUACUGUUGAAAAACAUGUCCUGUAUCAUAUGCCCAUGGGUAUCCUUCUUUGGAUUUUUGCCAGUUAAGCCCUGAAAUCAGACUGAAGCAUAUAACUCUCUACAAAUAACAUGCCGUUUUUGUCAUUAGAUGCCUUCAUUCAGGAGCUGCUGCCUUUUCUAGUAGGAGUACUCAUACUGAAUAGCAACCAAUACUCUCAGACCUGACAGAGGGAGAAAGAUGAUACUGGCAGCUCUGGCUGUUCCAUGCCAGAAACUAGGCCUGGAGGGGGAAUUCUUGCAGUCAAUCGUCUGUUCACCGUCCUGUUACAAAACCAUUGAGAUCUGUUGCUUAAACAAGACCUGCUGUAAGACAACACAGGAAAUUUCCCUGUUUCCCCAAUUGACUGCAGUUAGUUGUUCAGAUGUUUGAGAUAAAUAACUGAAGUGCAGAGGGAAGAAGAGAGUAAUGACCAGCAGUAACUCAUCUUGACAGCUCUCAGUUGAAAUUAGAUCCAGCUAUUCUUCAUUCUUCAAUCAAUGUACCUUGUGUUAAUAUGUGCAGUUUAAAAACAGUUUUGGCAUGUUAUACUCCUGAAGUAAAGAAGGCUUACUAUUGGCUGACAGAUGCCCAAAGUCUUUAAGUUGCUUACGUAUGUCGCUGUGACUAGACCCAGUGUGGUGAAUUUAUUCUCAUGACAAUUUUUUGGGAAGAAUUGUUCUGAAAGUAGUAGCCUCAACAUAUGCAACUGGGACAUGCUGUUUUUUUCUUCUAGAGAUGACAUUACCAAUUUUAUCUACUAGUGAGCCCAACUAUGAAGCCCGUGGUUUUUCCAGUGUUGUCGUCCCAGGCUGUUAAAGCAGCCUUCCUCAUAUGAAUGGGGAGUCUGCAAAUGGAUGCAAAUCUGAAUGCAGAAACUGAUUUAUCUGCACUGUAUUGUUUUCUGUGAGAUGCAGAUUUUGGAUGCACUCAAGUCUGUAUCCUGCUGAAAGCAACAGACAGUCGAUUGCUGAUAUUCCAGCCACUUGAGGGACACAAAUCACUCUCUAUGGAUCAGGACCAGUGUGAACUUCGUAUUUAACGGACAUAGUCUGGUGGUCAGGCACUAUUGCAAUGGCGCUCGGUCAGAUUGGGAAUUUCUUAGCCUAUACUGCAGUUCCUACAGUGUUAGUGACUCCACUUGGAGCCCUUGGAGUUCCAUUUGGCUCCAUUUUAGCUUCCUACUUAUUGAAAGAAAAACUCAACAUUCUUGGCAAAUUGGGCUGUCUGCUGAGCUGUGCAGGUUCUGUUGUUCUCAUAAUCCAUUCUCCAAAGUCUGAAAGUGUCACCACUCAGGCAGAACUUGAAGAGAAGCUCACAAAUCCAGUGUUCGUGGGCUACCUCUGCAUUGUUCUUCUCAUGCUUCUUCUGCUUAUCUUUUGGAUUGCACCAGCACAUGGACCCACUAACAUUAUGGUUUACAUCAGUAUUUGCUCACUGUUAGGAAGUUUCACAGUGCCUAGCACAAAAGGCAUUGGACUGGCUGCUCAAGAUAUCUUUCACAAUAAUCCAUCGAGUCAAAGAGCACUGUACCUCUGUUUGGUUCUGUUAGCAGUAUUAGGAUGUAGCAUAAUAAUUCAGUUCAGGUACAUCAAUAAGGCCCUGGAAUGUUUUGACUCCUCGGUGUUUGGUGCCAUCUACUAUGUGGUGUUCACCACCCUGGUCUUGCUGGCUUCAGCCAUCCUAUUUAGAGAGUGGAGUAAUGUUGGAGUGGUUGAUUUCUUGGGGAUGGCUUGUGGAUUUACUACUGUAUCCAUUGGAAUUGUUCUUAUACAAGUUUUCAAGGAGUUCAAUUUCAAUAUUGGAGAAUUGAAUAAGCCUAACAUGAAGACUGAUUAAGCCCGUAAUAUCAGAAGAGACUGGAUGAUCCAGAGAAUAACAGAGCCUUCUAUUCCUAGGCUACAGGAAUGAUGGAGCCUUGAAUUUCUAAGCUCGGAGAACAACAAAGCCUUUCAUUCCUUGCUGGAAUAUGUGAAAUGAAUCAGUGUUCUCAAUCCAGUUUCUCUAGGACUACUGUUAUCAUGCUUCAACCAUCUAACGGUAUCAAAGGAAUAAUCUUAUAACCCUCACAGCAGAUGGGGUAAGACUUGCAUCAGCACAGAGGCUGAUGUUUUUCUUCACCCUAGAAGAUUAUCAGUAAUAAUGAAGGGUUGAAGCAUUCUGACAUAUAAGGGUGCAAAAGCCCUUUCAAAUGGCUACCUGAAACUUUCUAGUUGUGUGAAUAAACUAUAUCAGCUUCUUCUGUGCUAGUUGCAGAGGUGCCGUAAGUGAUAAAUUAUCCUUUUGAAAGAUGUAGAUACACUUCAAAAAUGAGGUUGAAAUUUCCUCCCCUAUAUCUCUGUAGUUACAUACCAGAAUUCCUGGUUCUCACAGCUUUAUCUGGAAUUCUCCAAUCAGUAUUUCAGAAUCUGUACACUGAUGUAUCGCCUUCUGUCAUUGAUUGCCUUUGCAAUUUGGACUGAUUAUGAUACAUUUAUAAUUAUGUCCAAAACAUAGAGCAGUGCAUUUAUCUCUUAAAAUUUUUGCUUGCUUACCAGCUAAAACUCGCUCACACACCUUAGUAAAUACAGUAUUCCAUUUACAGGUAUGCCUUUUGUUCGGAAUAAGCAUCUGAAGUGCAUUAACACGUGGCAUUAAUCCAGGAAUGUUUAAUGAUCAACAGAAAAGAAUGUGAGGGUUGUGGCAGACCAGAAACACUUUUCUACCUUUUCUUUUUUGGUAGAUUGUUUGUAAACAGUUGGAAACUACUUCAGUGCCUUUGAAUUCUAAAAAGAUCACUCCUGUGUGGCAGAUCAUCUUCUCUUAAUGUUUGGCUGUCCUCUUAUAGACAAGUCACAUGGCCCAUAAAGGGGCAGAGCGAUUUUAGCACCUGCACUGAUCAUUGAGGCGUCAUGGUGAUAACUUCUGUGCACUUCCCACAGUGUGUUAGUUCUGAGUUCUUUCAUUUUCUGUUCAUAAUGUUCUCAGUCUUUGUAACAAAGCACAGUAAGUUAUUUCAUAGUGCUGUUAAAAAGUUUUCGAACUGGCACUUUUCAGAGGAAAAGGAGGCCUGUGAUGUAGUGACUUUUUAAGAGGGGAAAAAUAUUAAUUCCAGACAUGGAACGGUUAGCCAAGUGGCCUGAGGUGCUCUUGCGUGAUCCACCCAGGGCAUAGCCUUGAAGCUACUAUCAGGUACUUGGUACACAAUUUGUCUCCGCUUCCUGUACACUGAGGUACGGAACCCUAUCCCUUUAGAAAAGUGACACACUAAAACUACCUUUUUCAAAAGUGAAAGAUCCGU